AUGGAAAUCCUCCUCUCGGAUUCCAGUAGUUACAAAAUUUUGUCUCGUAACCCAUGCCCGAAGAUUUUGAAGGCAGUUAGAUCUGCUAUUUCCAACUCCUCAUUGGAUGAUUCUACCAAGUUUCGUCUUCUUCCGUCUAAGGAAGUGACCCCUCGUAUAUAUGGGGUCCCAAAAAUUCAUAAAGCCAACAUUCCUCUGAGACCCAUUGUCGAUACCAUUGGGUCCCCAACUUACAAGUUAGCCGCUUUUCUUGCCAAAUUAAUCUCCCCGCUUGUUGGUAACUCCAACUCCUUCAUCAAAGAUUCCAACCAAUUUGUUCAGUUUAUCAAGGACACCAAGUUGGACCCUCAAGACACGCUUGUGAGCUUCGAUGUGGUGUCCCUCUUCACCAAGGUCACUAUUCUAGACUCCAUAGAGAUUGUCAAGCUUAAGGUCAAUGAGGACAUCGCCUCUUUGGUGGAACUUUGCUUAAGGUCAACCUUCUUCGCCUUCCAAGGCGUUAUCUAUGAACAGGUUGACGGAGUAGCCAUGGGCUCCCCUCUCUCGCCGGUCAUUGCCAACAUAUUCAUGGAACAUUUUGAAGAGGUGGCCUUACAUUCUUUCCCCCUCAAACCAAAAUGGUGGAAGCGAUAUAUGGAUGACACCAAUGUAUGUUGGCCCCACGGCUUGGACAUGUUAGAGGAAUUUCAUACUCACCUCAACAACAUUUUUCCGUCUAUUACCUUCACCAAAGAACUUGAAUCCAACAACCGUUUAUCUUUUCUCGAUGUCUUAAUCUGUAAAAAGCCUGACGGAUCCCUUGGUCGUCAGGUGUAUCGCAAAACUACCCACACUGACUUAUAUCUUCAUUCGUCUUCUCAUCACCACCAUAGCCAGAAAGUUGGGAUCCUCAAAACAUUGGCUUUAAGAGCCCAUCGGAUUUGUCUCCGUUGUGCCUUCAAACUUGUUUCCACCAUCAAGAGGCAUGCCCCACCGCUUAAGGACACUAGGGAUGCCUUUUCAGAGUCAGGUGUAUACAAGAUUGUAUGCUCCUGUGGAACUCCUUACAUUGGAGAAACAGGUCAUUCGUUCAUGACUCGAAUAAAAGAGCACAGUGCCGACAUUAAGCAUGAACGUGCCCUCAAAUCAGCCUUAGCCGAGCAUUCAACCACUACCAAACAUCAUAUAUGUUUGGAGGACACUCAGGUAUUGUGUAGGGAGAACAACUUUUUCAAGAGGAAAGUUAAAGAGGCCAUUGCUAUCAUUCAGCACCCAUCCAAUCUUAAUCGAGACGAUGGGUUAAACCUUAGCAUCUCGUGGCACCCUCUUCUUUUGGCCCUCCAGCGUCAUCCCCGCCCCCCUCCUUGA